CGAUUUCUUCCGUUUCAUCCAUCGACGACCAUCUCUCGAGAUACCUCAUAAUCUUUACUUUUAAACGUUACGAUUUGAGAAUCUCGAACUAAACCGCCAAAAUGGUCAAGACCUCCGUCCUCAACGAUGCGCUUAACGCCAUGAACAACGCCGAGAAGGCUGGCAAGCGCCAGGUCCUCAUCCGUCCUUCCUCCAAGGUCAUUGUCAAGUUCCUUGCUGUCAUGCAGAAGCACGGUUACAUUGGCGAGUUCGAGGAGGUCGAUGACCACCGUUCCGGCAAGAUUGUCAUCCAGCUGAACGGCCGUCUCAACAAGUGUGGUGUCAUCAACCCCCGCUACCCCGUCCAGCUCCGUGACCUCGAGAAGUGGGCUACCCAGCUCCUUCCUUCCCGUCAGUUCGGUUACGUUGUCCUGACCACCUCCGCCGGUAUCAUGGAUCACGAGGAGGCUCGCCGCAAGCACGUUGCUGGCAAGCUCCUCGGCUUCUUCUACUAGAUGGAGUCGUUCUAAAAAAGAAUUGAGAAAAAGUUCUUGCUUUGACUGGUUGUGCAUGGCGUUGGUUGUACUGGGCUGGACCCUGGAAUGUAAUCUGGAAUUUGUAGCUGUGAACAAAAUACCCCCUGUUCCGCACUUUUGAUGGUUUGCAGAGUACACGGUUCGCUCGUAUAUCAAUGCUAGAUGAUUCUGGUCUGCAA